AUGAGGGUGAUGUGGGAUCUGUGGGAAAGGUUGUGAUGCACCCUCUCACGCACUAGGUGAUCGAUUCGGGUUGCACCAGUCACAUGACCCCACGGGCAGAUUUGCUUGAUGAGGUAAAACCCCCUGGGAAGAUCAAGUAUGUGGCAACAGCGUCAGGUGCUUUGCUCCCUGUGAUUGGUGUUGGGAAUGCCAAGGUUAAGGGAGCUAAUGGGGAGCUUGUGGGGCUUGGGAAUGUUCUGCUAGUUGAAGGCUUGUCUGCUAACCUUCUCUCUGUGCGACGACUGCAGAAGAGCAAGGCCGAAGUGACCUUUGGACCAACCAGCUGCCGUGCUAAGCUUGGGAAGAAGGCAGCCGCUAUUUCUUGACAAUUGUGGAUGACCAUACUCGGGCAGUGUGGGUUUACCCUUUGAAGAGCAAGGGGGAGGUGGCACCGGCUGUCCUUAAGGAGUGGAUGCCUAGAGCUCAGAGGGAAUGCGGACACAAGGUGAAGGUGAUCCGUAGUGACAAUGGUGGGGAGUUCAUUGGAGCUGCUUUUGAGGGGGAGUUGAAGAGGAAGGGGAUCCAGCAUCAACUGACA